UGGCACUUCCGCCGGGCUCGGGUUUCCAUCGGCAUUUAAAUAGGGGGUGCAGGAGGCGAGCCGCCGCAGCGUUCAUCUCUGUGCAAUGACAGAAAAUAAGCAGUAGGAGCAAGCAAAACAAGCGGGGCUCAUUUCCGAGGGGAACGCAGCACACUUUGCAGCUGGUGGCUGAGGCGGGUCGGCUGCUCGCGUGAGCGCACGAGCGGUAGCGGUUGAACAAUAACGGAGGCUGCCACUGACGGGCUCGGUGCAUCGCUGUGCGGGACGACAGUCUUUAGCGGUAACGUGACGUGGUGCGUGACUAGAAUAUUAUAGGCUUCACUGGGCAGUGUUUGUUUACUGACACAGAUUGGUAAACAAAAACAAAGUCGUUGAACGCGGCGUGGUUUGAGGCCCCGGAAUAUUAUUGGCCUGGACUUGUAAUGACCGCGGGACUCGAUGAUGAGAGGGUGUCUAAAGGGUCGGGUUUAAUUCUAAUUAUCUGAUAAAACAUUGUGUUAUUUUUAUUUGCAGUCAUUUUCAACUCAUAAAUAUCAAAAUAGUGCAAUUUGGUAGAUCAUUAAUAUUAUUAUAAGUCAUUAAUUAGCUUUUUAUUUGGACAUAAAGGUUUAUUUAGAUUAAAAUUGUAUUUGUUUCUAAAUUAGAUCCUAGAUUGACUUUUAAGACAGGAUUAUUUGUAAAAAAUUUUACUGCCCACGAAAAAAAAAGUCACUAAAGCCACUGGGAGCGACUGACAGGCACCGGCAGAAUAAAGUGACAGCGAGCAGCAGCCAUGUUCAGCUGGCUUGGCACCGACGACCGCAGGAAGAAGGAGCCGGAGGUGUUCCAGACCGUCAGCGAUGGACUGAGGAAGCUGUACAAGACCAAGCUGCUGCCGCUGGAGGAGAGCUACAAGUUCCACGAGUUCCACUCGCCGGCCCUGGAGGACGCGGACUUCGACAACAAGCCCAUGGUGUUGCUGGUGGGACAGUACUCCACCGGCAAGACGAGCUUCAUACGCUACCUGUUGGAGCAGGAUUUUCCCGGAAUGCGGAUUGGCCCUGAACCCACCACGGAUUCCUUCAUCGCGGUGAUGCACGGCGACACGGAAGGCGUCAUCCCCGGCAACGCUCUGGUGGUCGACCCCAAGAAGCCCUUCAGGAAGCUCAACGCCUUUGGGAACGCCUUCCUCAACAGGUUCGUGUGCGCCCAGCUGCCUAAUCCGGUGCUAGAAAGCAUCAGCGUGAUUGACACCCCGGGAAUUCUGUCCGGAGAGAAGCAGAGGAUCAGUCGAGGCUAUGACUUCGCGGCCGUCCUGGAGUGGUUCGCGGAGCGAGUGGACCGGAUCAUAUUGCUGUUCGACGCCCACAAACUGGACAUCUCUGACGAGUUCUCCGAGGUGAUAAAGGCCCUGAAAAACCACGAAGACAAGAUCAGGGUUGUGCUGAACAAAGCUGACCAGAUAGAGACCCAGCAGUUGAUGAGAGUCUACGGUGCCCUGAUGUGGUCACUGGGGAAGAUAGUCAACACCCCUGAGGUGAUCCGCGUGUACAUCGGGUCGUUUUGGUCGCACCCUCUGCUGAUUCCUGACAACAGGAAGCUGUUUGAGGCCGAGGAGCAGGAUUUAUUUAAGGACAUUCAGUCUUUACCAAGGAAUGCGGCACUUCGGAAACUCAAUGACCUGAUCAAGAGGGCGAGAUUAGCCAAGGUCCACGCCUACAUCAUCAGCUCACUAAAGAAAGAGAUGCCCUCUGUGUUUGGGAAGGAGAACAAGAAGAAAGAACUGAUCGGCAGCCUGGGCGACAUCUACAAGCGCAUCGAAAGAGAACAUCAGAUAUCGCCUGGGGAUUUUCCUAAUUUGAAGAAGAUGCAGGAUCAGCUUCAAGCACAGGAUCUCACCAGGUUCCAGCCCCUGAAACCCAAGCUCCUGGAGGCGGUCGACGACAUGCUAGCUAACGAUAUCGCCAGCCUAAUGAUUCUGGUCCGCCAGGAGGAGACCCAGCGGCCCAACGCAGUAGUGAAGGGCGGCGCCUUCGACGGCACCGUGGACGGGCCGUUCGGCCACGGCUACGGCGAGGGCGCGGGCGAAGGCAUCGACGAAGCCGAGUGGGUGGUGGCGCGCGACAAACCGGCGUACGACGAGAUCUUCUACACGCUGUCGCCGGUCAACGGGAAAGUGACGGGCGCCAACGCCAAGAGGGAGAUGGUGAAGUCCAAACUGCCCAAUACGGUGCUGGGAAAGAUCUGGAAGCUGGCGGACAUCGAUAAGGACGGGAUGCUGGAUGACGAGGAGUUUGCAUUGGCCAAUCACCUGAUAAAGGUGAAGCUGGAAGGACACGAGCUGCCUUCGGAGCUCCCCGCACACCUGGUGCCUCCAUCCAAGAGGAAAAUGCCUGAGUAAAUGUAAGAUCGCCCCUCCUCCCCAUAUUACUGUAGCAUUAUAGCCACAAACUGCAAAAGGAAAAUCCUUAAAGUGAUUAUAACCUCAGACACAAACCCCCUCAUCUGCAUUGCAUCUUCCUUCCCUUCAGAUAUUAGGAUAAAAUAUGCAUUUACAUUUAAAUGAAAGCUAAGACUGGCUUCAAACCUUUGAGUGACGGAGAAAGGAGGUAGUUUAAAGUAAGUAUAACAAGAUUUAAGUAGGUAACACGUUAAAAGCCUAAAACAAGAAACACUGGAUUUCAGCAACUACUGGAAAAACAUGAGAGCGGCUCAACAAUGUGAAGAUAAAAAGCACCUAUAUUCAUCCAGCAGUUCAUCCCACAAUGGCAGCGCAUCCAGUCACCAUGAAAUAGUCUAAAUCUGUUAAUGAUUAGCUCUGCCAAGAUUUCACCAACUGCAGUUCUGAAUCUGACCCUAUCUGACAAUACUGUGAGCGUUUGGUCACACAUCCUCGUUUUGUCUAAUGUGAAGCUGUGGCUGCACGUCGUAGCUAAUGUACGUAACCCCACGAUCACAUGUUUUAGUGUUAUUAUUUGUAUUGUACGUGUAUUAGUCUUGGACACGAUACCGUUGAGUUGACACUUCAUUGACUAACUCUGCGGCUCAUUUCGUCAUUGUAACAAAACGCAAAUCAACAUUUUUUUUUUUACCAAAUGUUUCUUUGUGCUUUUGAAUGAAGGUUGGCUCUCUGCAUUUAAUGUAUUUUAUUGUGGACGUGUAAUAAAGUACAAGUCUGCCGGC